UGACUUUGACCCGCAGGCUAAAGCGCGGUGCAAUCUCAGGGUAGCCUGUCAUUGCGGUGCCGGAUCCCAGCAGCGAUGGCGAGUCCCGCAGCGGCGGCGUUUUCCGCCUCCCAAGACUUUCGCGCGAUGUUUUAUCUCCUCACGCCGAACGAAACGUCUUUCGAGCACGAGGAAGAAGUUCCCGAGUACGUCAGCAAGGCCACUCCCUGUUUCCUGCUGUUGAUAAUCCUGGAGCAGGUUCUAGGCUGGGCAAAGACGGGAAAGUUAGUCAUCAGAGUCAACGAUGGAAUCACCUCUUUGUCUGCUGGCGUUAUGUCCCGACUGUCAAAACUCUUUGCAAAGGGUCUAGAAAUAUCUUGCUACAUCUACGUGUGGGAAAAUUAUCGACUGCUGGAGCUUCCAUGGGACUCCCCUUGGACGUGGUGGUUGGCCUUCCUCGGCGUUGACUUUGGAUAUUACUGGCUUCAUCGUCUCUCCCAUGAGAUGAACAUACUCUGGGCUGCCCACCAAGUCCAUCACAGCUCCGAAGACUACAACCUCUCCACAGCGCUGAGGCAGUCUGCGACGCAGCAGCUGGGGUCUUGGAUUUUCUACCUCCCGAUGGCUUUGGCUGUUCCUCCCUCCGUGUUUGCGGUCCACGUCCAGUUUAACCUCCUGUACCAGUUCUGGAUUCACACAGAGCUGGUAACCACACUGGGUCCCCUGGAAUGGGUUCUGAACACCCCCAGUCAUCACCGGGUUCACCACGGAAGGAACCGUUACUGUAUUGACAAGAAUUAUGGUGGUACACUUAUUAUAUGGGAUCGACUAUUUGAUACGUUUACCCCCGAAACUGAUAAGAUCAUCUAUGGACUCACACAUCCAAUCAACACUUUUGAAAUCAUGUCAAUCCAGUUCUUCUACUAUCCGUACUUGUGGGGGAGAUUUUGGAGCAGCCCAGGCGUGACAGACAAGCUGUCGGUCGUACUGAAAGGGCCCGGAUGGGAACCAGGAAAACCCAGGCUGGGCUGCCUCUCCGACUUGCCAGAGAUUACCGGGAAGGAGCUACCUCACAACCCAUCCUGUGCCCUGGUUCUCCAGGCCUAUGUCACGCUGCAGUUUGGUCUGUUGCUAGGUGUUUAUGACAACGUGUUCGCAAUGAAAGAGAUGCUUUCCCCGACCUUCCUGCUGCUGAUGACCGGCUACAUCUUGCUUUCGCUCACCACCCUGGGAUUCAUCAUCGAGCAGAGGCAUGAGGCGGCCAUCUUGGAGACGUUCCGAUGCCUCAUCUUCCUGGUUUUCUACAAGACCGACUGCGUGAAGCACUUUACACCUAUGCUGUCUGUAACAACUGAAGUCUUCAUCACUCUCUCGAUGCUCUACUGGGGCCUCCGGUCGCUGAGAACGCUGGCAGAUGGCAAGAAAAAACAGCCCUGAGCAAAUCGACGUGAUAAACCGCCACAGGGCCUCCCUGAAUGUCAUCGGAGGCGUUUACGAUAAACACUCAUCCUCAUGUUCGCCUAAUUCAACGAAGUCUUUGGGUUCAGAUUGUCAGGAAAAUGUUGUGUGAAUCGGCUACCAUUUCCGCGCUUUAUCAUUCACUGGUAUUUCAUGAAUUGUUCUCUGUAGCCCCGUCAAUGUCACUGACAUCUAAAAGCCACUUGUGAAGUCGAUCUUAAAGAGAAAUUUAAAAUACAUUCCCUUUAACUCAAUACAUGGUACACCUGUAGGAAAAUUUGAAUUACAACUUUGUACGGCACUGUCACUAUUUAAUGCACCCAUCAUUGUGUAAUUUCAGAAGUCCGUCUUGAAAAUGCAUUAUUUUUCCUUUAAAUAAUAUGUAAUGGUUCAUACAUGCAUGGAACAAAGUGUAUAACAUGACUGUACAGAAUAAUCCUGUAUGAUUGGGUAGCUGCUCAUUUAUUCACAAUUAUACAGAUCAAAUAAAGGGAAAAAUGAUA